AUGAUGGAUCGACGAUUGAGCAACGUGCAGCUUCAGCAACGGCUGUACGAAUCAGAGACGGUCUGUCAGCAACGAUACGAGGACGGUUCGCCGCGUCAGAGUAUCGUCGAUCAGACAGCGGAGUUGUCUCCUUCAACUCCUCCCCCUGGUCCACCUCUUCCUCUUCCUCUUCCUCUUCCUCUUCCUCUUCCUCCUCAUCAUCAGCAUCAUCAUCAUCGUCAUCAUCACCAUCAGCAUUAUCACCACCGUCAUCAUCAACAACAACAACAACAACAACAACAACAACAACAACAGCAACAACAACAACACGCUCGUCCGAGUAUCGUGCAGCAACCCAAGUCGGCGCGAUCCAGCGUGGGCAGGUCGGACAGCGGCUCGGAUCGUGGAAACGAUCGUUACACCGGCUACUAUUUGGGGGCUGCCAAGAUGGCCACCAGACGGGGCGAGCCACUUUGAAGAAGCAUAAGCGCGUUCUCGCGGACCAGUGGACUGGUACGUUUUACGUUUGGCAUCGUGACGCGGUGGUUGUCGUUGUUGAACACGUUCCGGAGAAUGGAACGUGUCGCACGCGAGAGAGAAAAAAUGAGAGAGAGAGUGAAAGUUGGGGGGUAAACGGAGAGGAAAAAGAUCGUCGAUGAUCGACCAGUAGGUGUACGAUAGUCACAGAUUAUCAGACCAAGAGUGUCAACUAUCGUUUCGUAUAUUCGUCGUCGCGUUUGAUGGAAAUCCUCGAGGAAAUCUCCGUAUUUUCGAGGACAGAGAAGAACGACAACGUUGAGGCGAUGUUGAGCGGGAAAGAGGAACGACAGAACAGGGAGAUGCCAGCAGCGAAUGUGCGACAAUAAACGAAAGCAAGAGGACGAGAUGAGGCAGCGUGCGAGCUCCGAUGGUACCGUUCGCGCGAUUACUUUUUGUCCAUUGUUCUUUUUUCUUUUCUUUCCUUUUCUUCCUUUUCUUCUUCUUCUUCUUCUUCUUCUUCUUCUUCUUCUUCUUCUUCUUCUUCUUCUUCUUCGUUUUCUUUUCUCUCCUUCUUUUCGGGUCGUUCAAGUCCGAUUUAAAGAUCCAUCGGAGAAAAUAUUUCUCGGCUGAACGGGAGCAACGCGGCCUACUCGGAGCUGUUGUUUGUUUCGGGGAGCCACGGCAACGCAGGAACCAGGAUGGUUUCUCACGUCACAAACGGGGCAAACAUGUCGAUUCGAGAGUUGGUGAAAUUUUACAAUACGUAUACGUACACUUUGGGCAGGGACGAAAAAAACCGGCGAGAGGUGCCGGAUUUGAAGCAGGAAAAACAACGGGAAAGAGGGCAAAGGUCUCACCCCUCGAGAUUGCGAAUUCCAUCGUACACGUACGUGAAUAAUAAUUCUAUCUACUACUUUGUCAAUUUGCUAAGGGAAGAGAAGAAACAAAACGAAAAAAAAAAAAAAAAAAACCUAUUUUCCUCUAAAGACUUUUUUCACCUAUCGUCUACGACUUCUUUGAUAAUAAUUAAUAAAGAAUCCGUGCGUGGCGUAGUCGUAACACAGCGUAACUUAUUAUGGUAGAAUACUUACACGUAAAUAAAAAGAAAAAAAAAAAGAAAAAAAACGAAU